AAGAGGAGGAGGAGGGAUGCGGACGGGGGAAGAUGGCGGCGGCGUCGUCGAACAACCCGCGGAAAUUCAGCGAGAAGAUCGCGCUGCACAACCAGAAGCAGGCCGAGGAGACGGCGGCUUUCGAGGAGGUCAUGAAAGACCUCAGCCUGACGCGCGCCCACCGGUUACAGCUACAGAAAACCCAGUAUUUGCAGUUGGGGCAGAGCCGUGGCCAGUACUAUGGAGGAUCCUUGCCAAACGUCAAUCAGAUUGGCAGCAGUGCGAUGGACAUGUCCUUCCAGACUCCCUUUCAGCCAUCUGGGUUGGACACCAGUAGGACAACUCGACACCAUGGGCUGGUAGACAGGGUAUAUCGUGACAGGAAUCGCCUUGGCUCACCACAUCGGCGCCCUCUCUCUGUGGAUAAGCAUGGCAGACAGGUGGACAGCUGUCCAUAUGGUACUGUCUACCUGUCUCCUCCUUCAGAUACAAACUGGAGAAGGACCAAUUCUGAUUCUGCCCUGCACCAGAGCACAAUGACCCCCACUCAGACAGAGCCUUUCUCAGCUGGGUCACAGGAUAUGCAGCAAAAAAGAGUCUUAUUACUGACGGUUCCAGGCAUGGAGGAGGAUGCAUCAGAGACAGAGAAAAAUCUUUCAAAACAAGGAUGGGAUACUAAGAAGACAGGAUCCUCAAGGCCUAAAUCUUGUGAAGUUCCAGGAAUCAACAUAUUUCCGUCAGCUGACCAAGAAAACACUACUGCCCUUAUCCCUGCGGCUCACAACACAGGGGGCUCACUGCCAGACCUGACAAAUAUCCACUUCCCUUCUCCUCUCCCAACACCGCUCGACCCAGAAGAGUCCACUUUUCCCUCCUUGAGCAGUUCCAACAGCACCGGGAACCUCACUGCCAAUCUGACGCACAUGGGGAUCAGCACAGCCAAUCAGGGAAUGACAACAACGUCAGCUUCUUCCCAGCAACACCGGCAGCCAACCGUCAGUCCCCUCUCACUGAACACAGAUUCAAGGAGAAGCCAAUCCCAGCAAGUGUCUCCUACGCUUUCACCCCUUUCACCGAUUACUCAGGCUGUGGCGUUGGACGCUCUCUCCAUGGAACAGCAGCUUCCCCCCUACCCGUUCUUCACCCAGACAAGCGCGCAGCAGCAGCAGCCACAGACCCAAGUGGCGAGCGCUUUACCACCCAACGCUUCUCUGAUGCAGACCUCCGGCUUGCAGCGAGGCGUUCAGCUCCCCCCGCUCUCGGUCUCUAUCCCUUCCACAAUCCCACAGUCUCCUCCGGGCAGCCAAACCCAGACUUCCAUGGGGAUAGACAUCAAUUCGGGCUCACUCCAGCAGUACCGCAGCAAUGCUGGCUCCCCAGCCAACCAGUCUCCCACUUCUCCUGUCUCCAAUCAAGCUUUCUCUCCUGGCAGCUCCCCUCAACAAACGUCUAUCCUAGGGAGUGUCUUUGGUGACUCUUGUUACGAUCAGCAGAUGACUGCCAGGCAAGCAAAUGCUUUAUCCCAUCAGGAUUCCUUCCUUCAGCUCGAGCAGUUCAACAUGAUUGAAAACGCCAUCAGCUCCAAUAGCUUGUACAGCCCCUGCUCUACCCUCAACUACUCCCAGGCAGCCAUGAUGGGGCUGACCGGGAGCCACGGGAGUCUCCAGGACCCACAGCAGCUCAGUUACACCAGCCACGGGAACAUCCCAAACAUCAUCCUUACAGUGACCGGGGAAUCGCCUCCCAGUCUGUCGAAAGACCUCACCAACUCUUUGGCCGGGGUGGGGGAUGUUGGCUUUGACUCAGAUUCCCAGUUCCCUCUGGACGAACUAAAAAUCGACCCCUUGACCUUGGAUGGGCUUCACAUGCUCAACGACCCUGACAUGGUCCUUGCGGAUCCCGCCACAGAGGACACUUUCCGGAUGGACCGGCUGUAGGGGGGCGUGGGGCGUUGGAGAACGGGAAAAGGGGGUGUGCCACGCAGUCCAAAGGAGCGCAUCCAAAUCACCAAGUCCCGGAAUGUCCAUGCCACUCUGGUGCUCGGAGGGAGAUCGGGCCGAGCCCGUCUCAGAUCUCUUGCAUCCCAUCAGGGUCCCCGGAGAGCCGCAGCUCCACUGUGUGUCCAAUUUAGCAAUCGCUUGUUCUACACUUGCCUGGCGGCUGUCCUGCUCGCCUCUCCUCCCCCAGCACCAACUUCAAACCUUGGUUCAUGCCUUGCUGUUGAGAGAACGUUCCUCAAAGAGCCGUCUCUUCUACCCCAGCCCCUUCUUAUCUCCCCUCCCUCUGUCACCAAAGUUCCAGCAUUUUUGGUCCUCUUUCCUUUGCCCUAAAAGCUUUGGGCUUUGUGUUCGGGAAGUGGAGUGGCAGCGAAAGUUAUAUUUCCCCCUCCCCCUCCUCUUUCCAAGGCAGAGGAGCUAUUCAGAAGAUAAAAUAGGUGUAUUGUUUUGUUUUCCUUGUGUACGUAAACUAUCCGACCUUUGGCUUCUGUUACAAAAACAGGCAUCCCGCAUGGAACUGAGGGCUUCCCCAUCCCCCCCAUCCCCGCCCAGAGGGAGUUAAGGGACCGCUUGAUGAAAAUGGGGAGUUUGGAGCGGGGAGAAAGAGAAGGACAUGAUUUCUAAAGCUACUUUGUGAAUACCACUGCCUUUCCAUGGAGAAGGACUGGACUUGGAGAGGUGGAGAAAGCCAGCUGUGGCUCUCCGAAUAAACUCCGUAAAGCAGCCGCUUGCAUUGGGAAGUGGGGUGGGGGGCGCAAGCGGGGUGAAAGAGUGGCUUGCAAUUCUCUGCUUGAUUCUCCAAUCCUUGACUGUUUUCUGGAGUCCCAUCAUGGCCUGUUAGCUCAUUUGCCUGUGUGCAUGCAGCAGCUUUCAGAAACAGCUGUCUGACCGCCACCACCCACCACCCCCGUUUGGGAGAUUUAGUUGCAUGAGCCACAUAAUUCCUCUCGGCAAACUGACCGUGUAAAAACUGUUUUGUUUUUGUUUUGUUUUUUUCCUUAUUUUUGUUGUUGUUGUUGUUCCCUCAAAGAAUUUUCAGGGAGAGGCAAAGGCAAGCCGAGGGAGGAAAAGAAGGCACAAACGUUUUUCUAAUUAUACAUGGAAAUUCUGCAAUUUGUCUGAAGGAAUGAGAUCUGGGUCGUCUCCUGCAAGGUUGCUUUUGGUGGUUUUUUUUUUUAAUAACUUUUUUUUAAAAGCAGCAAUCUCUCCCCCCUCCUUUCCCCCCCUCCCCUUUUGCUUGGGAAGAAGUAGUUCUUGUUCUGCAUAUAUUAAAACAAAAACGAACACCCCAGCUUUCUCUCGUGCAUGAAAUAAUCUGCCUCUGACCAAAUCAGGGCCUGGUUAUUAUCUUUGUGCUCCAUAUUGAUGAGAUGUAAAUCCUUUCAAGUGGCUUCACCCAUACAAGGAGAAGGCCAGGACAUGUUCAGGUGAGGGCAUCCAUUAGACUAUCCCAAUCUGAGAUUUGUCUGGCUAGUGGGUGGAUUCAGUGGCCCAUAAACCAAGGGGUUUCCAACCCUGGCAACUUUUACAACUUGUGGACUUCAACUCCCAAAAUUCCUCAGCCACCGUAGAGUCUCCUGCUUGGGCAGGGGGUUGGAUUUAAAGACCCCCAAAGUUCCUUCCAACUCUGUUGUUCUGUAUUCUCUAGCUUUGCAGUACCUUCUUUCUAGCCAAAGCUGGAGGGUCGGUCCCCACAGCCCCACACACAAUAUGUCCUGAAUCUAAGAUUUGAGGCCCCCCCACCCCCAAAUGCCUCUUACUAUUCUUUGCUCUCCCUAUUUUCAGACUUACCCCUCUCCUCCCCCAAUGAGUUAUAGCUGGAUCUUUGUGUGUAUAAACACGCACACAUGCAGGUAGCAGGGAUAUCCAUUCCGAGUACGUGUUCAGUUAUGUUUUGUUUGUGCCAUGGUCAGUUUAAUAAUUUUUGCACUAAAAAAGAUGGGGGGUUUUUUUAAAAGAAAAAAAAGUGUUGUAGGUUCUUUGUGUAACGUUUUUUGCUGUGAUGUGUUCCCCUCCACCCCAUCUUCUAAAUUCUGAAAAACGCUCUCUCCAUUUCAUAACCCUUGUCAGUAUUUUCGUUUGACCGCCUCUAAUACUCCUAGUGGUCUGCUUAUUUCAAAUUUUCUAUGGCUGUUUCUCAGAGGAAAUCCACCGGAAAAAUCAAAAGGCUGCUUUAUCCUGCUUUAAAUACAGGGCCCUAGGUACUAAGCAGUCCGUUUGCAACUCUCUCUCUCAUUUCCGACAACACAGUUAGUUUGUUUUCAGUCAGAUCUCUCGUCUUAUUUCAUCAGCAUGCCAAAAUUUCCUUUGAACCUUGACCUGUAAUUUUGGGGCAAUUGGAAAGCAAAAUGCGGAAUCCUCUCAGUUUGACUCAAUCCUUUCCAGUUUGGGAAAGAUUCAUUGAUUCUUGAGCUGGAUUUUUUUACAUGGAGAUAUAAAUGGCUAUUUUCUUUCUCUCUCAUUUUUUAGAUUUACACAUGUACAUAGGAAAACUUGUGUAUUGAUAAAUUGUAAGUAGUUUUACAAAAUGGCCUUAAUUUACUAUUUAUGUAUAUACAUAACAGUGUGCGAUUGUGCAUGUAUAUGUGUGUACAUAGUCACACACAUAGACAUCCACGCCAACAGACAAAACCUGAUCUGAAUGCAAUUUAAUUUGAAAUAGCUGAGCAUCAGGGACCAUUUGCUUUCAACAAAUAUUAUUUCAGUUUUCCCUUGUUAGGCUGGGGGAAGCUGGAAGUACAUGUUUAAAAAAAAAAGGUCGUAGAACAAGGAAGAAAUUGAAGACUUAAACAGCAACCUAAGCUGUGAUGUGGAUCUGAUUUUGCUGGUUGAGGUAUUAAUUAUGGGCCCUAUGGUUAUCUCUUUUUACGCACCUUACUUUCUGUUGCUUUAUAAAAUGGAAAACUUCCCUCCCUCCCUUCAAUUCUUGAGUAAAAUCUGCAUUAAAGAUUAAGGAGGUGGGGGAGGAGAAAAAUAAUGAAUAAAUGCACUAGAGCUCCAAGUUACGGGAUCUGCAAAUUGCCAAAACUGAUGCAGGGUGGGAGGAAGGCAAAAGAAUCUUGUUACGUGUAGGGCUUAGAAACCCCAAAGUUGCAUUCUAUAUUUUCGGGUUCCGCUUUGUGUUUUUGUUCUAUGAAAAAAAAAAGGGGGGGAGGGGAUUGUCUGGGGAAAUAAGCCUUUUUAUGAUUGUUGAUGUCUGCAUGAAUGGUGAAGAAUCUGUCAAAAAGUGGUGCCUGUUGUUUAGGUAGGGAAUUAAGACUUUAAAAUAAAACAGAUAUGUCUUAACUGUGAGCUUAAUUUGGAGCUGGAUUUGACCCCACAUAGUUAUGAAGCGGUCCUUCUUUAUUUUCAUUCCUUAAAAUCUGACUUCAUUCCCCCUUCCCCCCUCCCCAAAGUUAGGGGCAGGAUUGACAAUUCUCUGCCCCGUUCCUUCAUUUUAGCCUCAUGAUCAGCACAAGAGAGAACCUCAGCCAAGAGAAAAUUACUGGCCCGAGAUCAUUAAGUAAGUUUUGGGGCGAAAAGGAGCUCCUGUUUGAGUCUGAUACUAAAAUCGAGAGGGAGGAAGCCUGAGGCUCUCCGGAUGUUUUUCCUGUCCAUUUCCAAUAUCCUGCCAACAUGGUCAGUGGCAAGGGAUUGUGGCUUUUGCCACCCAAAACAUCUGAAAACCAGCAGUUCGUGAGGCCCUCUGAGCUUCAUGGUUUUCUCACAGACAUUUCGUUACCCAACUAGGUAACAUCAUCAGUGUUUGCUCUUUAUUUAUAUACGAGUGGCUUGCCCUGUCGGUGUUGGUGGGAGCGUUCUUUGUGAUCCCUUGAUUUGGCUGUUGGGCAAAACCCACUCCUUUCUAGCACUGAUGAUGUUGCCUAUUUGGCAAUGAAAUGUCUGCAAGAAAGGAACUAAGCCCAGAGAGCACUAAGGACCCCAAGUUCAGUUUUGCAGCUCAUAGUUUGAGCCACAAUUGUUCUCUUCUGUUGGAACCACCAGGUUGCCUCUUAUUCAGAACUUCUGCCGUGUCUAUCAGCUUCCAGGCUGCCAUUCCUUAGGCAGACACCAAUUCCUACGGACUGGGGUGACAUGCAUUCAUUUGCCCUGCCAGAUGGCCUUAAUUCCCCGCCUUGUCCUUAAAGCCAAGCCCAGAGUGCCACUGGUCAGACUGAAGGAAUAUUAUGACAGAAUGAAGGAUAUUUUGUGAAUAAAGACACCCCUCUUAGGAAGUUUUUGGAGACUUAUUUUCCUCAUGCUGGAAAAUAACCUGUCCCCCUCCCUGAGGCUUUGUUUCUUUUUGAUUUCCAUAUCAUUUCAAAGGAACCCUUCAUUUCUCUCUUCAUAAGCUGGUUCGUGAAGGACUGGGUGGUAUAAGCAGGACAUUGCCUGUCUCCCCUAACUACCCCUGGCCAAACUUUUCUUCUUCCCUUCUCCACUUCCACUCUGGGCCUCUGAAGAAACUAGAAGAUUGACACCUUUACGUUUGAGGUCUCUUGAUUCUCCCGGGGGGGAAGGGGGGGACACAUCAAAAUGUUCACCAGGGGGUUUGCUUUAAUUUGACAUAUCUUGAUUUUUUUUCUACUUGCUGUUGGUUCAGGGUGAUCCUAAGAUUGAGAGGAAGGGGGAAUUCAGUGUAAAUAAUCCUUUCUCUCAGGGGAAACGGAGAUUUGGGCCAAGCUGAGUUUGACAGUGCAGAGGAGGGAGGUUAAAUUAUUUCUCUGUUUAAAUAGUGUCUUCUGUUUGAAAAAAAGAGAAUGAGAGCCAGAGGGUGGGACAUCCCCAUACGGUGGUCUUUCUCAGCUUUGGCAGCCUGAAGAUGUGUGGACUUCAACUCCCAGAAUUCCCUAGCCGCUGGCUGCGGAAUUCUGGGAGUUGAAGUCCACACAUCUUCAAGUUGCCAGAGUUGAGAAAGACGGCCUUCUUAGAAGAAUUCCAGGUCAAGGGUAAAUCCCACUUGCAAGUUGGCUUUCGGAAGACCCCUUGGACCCUGGGACUGUCUUAGAGGGAAAAAAAAAACCCUUGUCUGUUUCAGCAGCACGUUUUGGAUGAAGGCGGGCAAAGCUCGCCUUUUGCUCAAGGCCAAGCUAUUGCAUGUUCAAAGAAACUGCAUCUUGUUAUUGUUACUGCUGCAUGUUAACAAAACUCUGGGCUUAGUCUCCUUGGAAACAUAGUUUCCACGAGCGUAAUUCCGCAAGCGUAAUGUCUCCAGGUAUUCCUGUUUUGUUUCUGUUUUUUAAGUAGUCACCCAAGAGAUUUAUAUAUAAAUAUAUAUAUAUAUAUAUAUGAAGAUAAGUAUUUCUGUUUUUUCUUUCAUGGAUGGAUGCUUUGCAACCUGCCGUUUUCAUUUCCCUUCUCCAUUGGCUGAACCGUUCCAAAAUAUUCAAAAUGGGGCUGCAUCUCCCUGACCUUAUAAAAGCUCUGUGCUUUUAAAACCGUGAAGGCGCUUUAGUUUUUAGAAGGAAAGGAAAAAACACACACCUCCCUUGUCACUGUGAUGACAUUGUGACAGAGCAAUUUAAAUAUUUACUUAUGCACACUUUUUUUUUUAAUAAAAAGGAAAAAAAAUAUUUUUUUUAAAAAAAAAACCCAUUUCUGUGUUUUAUAGGAGUAGCAACAGUGGGUGUGACACUACAGUUCACACAACGCAAGGGUGUCAUGAUGACAUUUAAUAACAUGAAUCAUUUUUAUCUUUUUAAAAGCAGAACUUUUAUCAUUUUUGUGGUUCUUUGUGGCAAGAUGUGAAAAAGCAGGAAGGAUGAGAAACACUACAUCAAGGCACUUAUUAAUCUGUUUGUGCUAUCAUUCUUUUCUCCCCCCCCCUUUCUUUCUUUUGGUAUGAUAUGUCUGUAUAUAAAAAUAAAUGAGAGAUUGGCCAGUUUUCACUGUUGGGGGAAAAAAAGGGAUGGUUAUGUAUUACUUCUUUGGAGAUGCAAGCGAGUCACUGUUUGACAGAGCAUUAUUCUUUUUUAUUUAAAAGCAAAAUUUAGUAAGAGUCAAUAUCCACAAGGCAUAUUUGGCAGAGGGUCUAUAAAUACUCAAAAACAGCUGUGUCCCAUGAACACAGAACAGUCUAUCACUGUUUUUCAGACUUGGCAACUUUAAGAUGUAUGGACACUAUUCCAAUAUCUAAAGGGCUACCACAAAAAGAGGGAGUCAAGCUAUUCUCCAAAGCACCUGAGGAUAGAACAAGAAGCAAUGGGUGGAAACUAAUCAAGGAGAGAAGCAAGCUAGAACUAAGGAGGAAUUUCCUGCCAGAACAAUUAGUCAGUGGAACCUCUUGCCUCCAGAAAUUGUGGGCGCUCCAACACUGGAGUUUUUAAAGGAGGGAUUGGACAGGCAUUUGUCAGAAAUGGUACAGGGUCUCCUGCUUGAGCAGGGCGUUGGACUAGAAGACCUCUAAGACCCCUUUCAGCUCUGUUACUCUGUUAACACUACAUUCCAUUUAAGUUACAUGUUGCGAAGAAAGAAAUUUGCUGCAAAGUUACUAGAAUCGCCCUAUUUUGCCUGAAAAAAAUUUGAAAUCAACGACAUAAUAAAUUUACUGACUUUUUUUUUUAAAAAAAGGAUAUAAUAAUCAGAAUGACAAUAACCAGCUAAGUAGUAGAGGACGUCAACUCCCAGGAUUCCUCACAACUUAAAUUGGCCAAGUUUGAAAAACACCGGCCUAUAAAUACGCUGGGGGAAGAGAACAUUUUGGUCCAGUUCAACUCUUCAUUUUCUUAGGGAGAGCUUUUGCAAGUCAUUAAGGGCUGAAAAUACUCUUUGGUCUGCCUUCAUCCUUAUUCCCUUUGAAGUACCCCCUUCCUGGUAUGAGACCCUGUCUUGGUAUCUUCUUUUGGGAAGCUUUUCAGAGGUUCCAGGAGCCAAGCACAUCACGAUGCAUGAAAAUGACGUAUAUCUAUAAAUCAUAGUCCCUACCCCUCGCUUGUCCAUAGAAAUUUGACGGCAAAUUGCUGAAUUCAUGUGGCAUGAUUAUUUUUUUUUUCAUAUUUAAAAAAGUAAAAUGGCAAAAUGGGUGCAUUAAAAUCUCUGUAAGUUUACUACACUAUCACUGUGUUUAUACUAGAUGCUUAACCUGGUUGCUAUAUGAAUGUGUUUUCUGGGCCGGCUCAAUAUUAUUGAACCAUAAACUAGCCAAGUGGCUCCGAAGAGAGCUAACCAAGUGCAGUAUGUUGUGUGAAUGCAUCUGCUAGGCUUAUUAACAUGCGUUAAGCGGGUUAAGAAACAAACCGAUUUUGUUGAGAAACAGAUCCCAAAAAAUUGUCAAGACAAAGCUCCAAAAUACUGCUUCUGCUCGCUCUAACAUUCAGAGCAAACAAAAUCCAAACUGCCUCCCCUCCAAACUUUUUUUAAAAAAGUUUCCCCCCCUCUUUUCCCCACAAGUGUGGCUGCUGGAAAUGUGUUAGCGUCCACAUUGCCACUCUUCCCUUCUGUGCUGGAAGGCACAUCUGGAGGAACAUUUUUGACUCCAUACUUCUAAGGGGUUAUUGGCAAAGCGCCUAGAGCAGGGGUGUCAAACUCGAUUUCAGUGAGGGCCACGUCAGGGUUGUGUUUGACCUCGGGGUGUGUGUGUGUGGCCGGGGGGGGGGGCAUGGCCAGCUCGAUGUCACUCAUGUCGGGGGUGUCUGUGGUGGUCCAAGCACUCUGCCAGCAAAAAAAGCUUAUGAAGGCUGCCUGUGGCCCUCCCGAGCUCCAUUUUCAUUGGCAGAGGCACCAUGGGCUGGUCCUUCGCUGUUUCCAGGGCAGCCCCACGGGCCAGAUCUAAGCACCCCAUGGGCUGAAUCUGGCCCCCGGGCCUUGAGUUUGACACUCCUGGCCUAGAUUCUUCCCAAACAGAGAUGGGUAGUAUAUAAAUUUAAUGAAUAAUAAAAUAAACUGAAGCCUGUCCUGAGGGAAGGAGGCUCUAAGAAUCAGGGCAACCAGACCAGUGAAUUAUAGCCUUUAGACUGGGAAAAGAUCAAGGAGGACCCAAGAAUAUGGAGUCCCUUGGACUGCAAGGAGAUCAAAUCAGUCGAUCCUAAAGGAAACCAAUCCUGACCGUCCUUUGGAAGGGCAAAUCCUGAAGCUGAAGCUCAGAUGCUUUGGCCACCAGAAGAGAAGAGAGGGCUCGUUGGAAUGAUGUUGGGAAAGUUGGAAGGCAAAGGAAGAAGGGGACAAUUGGGCAAACUCCAGGAGACGGGAGAGCGUAGGGUCCGGCGUACUUUGGCCCAUGAGGUCGUGAAGGGUCGCAAGCGACUUAGCGCCUGAACAACAGCAACAACAAUAAGGGAAUUUUGUAAGACUUUACCCAGGAUGGAUAGGCUUGUUUUCUGUUAUUCCAGAAGAUGCUAGAAUAAGCAGCUGGAAACAGAAGGGAGCUGACUGGUGCUAAAAACGAAGAGACAAUUUCCACCCAUUAAGGGCCAUGUGGCAGUGAAUCUAGCUAUUUCAGGAAAAGAUGGGCGCUCUCUUUGAAUGUAUUUAAGCGGAUCCUGGACUCUUGGGAAAGCUGUACUCAAGUCUUGCCUAAAUAUGAAUAUUCAGAAUAACAACAUAUUGGCUGUUGGAGUAGAUGGUUUUCAGCAUCACCUCCAGUUCUAGGCUGCCAUUUCUGCCGUGCAUCUAAACCCUGUGAAGUUUGGCAGACUUUAGACCAGCUUCCUAUAAAUGCAAGACGACUGGAUCCCAUCUGUGGGUUACGGGGUUGAAAUAAUAUGAUAAGAGCAGUUCAGUUGCUGUGUUUGUGCAGGCUCCAGUAGUUUGUGCUUCAAUAGUAUUGUUCAAAACCCAACCACUGUCUUAGCAGGUCGUUGUGUUAGAAGGAUUUAAUUUAUCGUAAGCAUGUUACAAAACACAAUUCUUGUGCUUUGUUCACCUGGGAUUAGUAGAUUGUAUGAGCCCAGCCUUAAUUGGGGGGAGGGGACGACACCCCACAAGUAUUGUGAAGUUGACCACUUUCUGGUUUAUCAAAUAGAAAGGGAGGCUGGCAUGAUGACUGCCACAAAAAUGCCGUAACAUCAGGUCUGGUCAGGUGGGAGCCUCAACUUGGAACCAUCAUGACUUACGAUGGAAAUUCCAGGCUCCAUUACGGUCAUAAGUCAAGGAUUGUAAUUCAUGCUGAGGGCUAUUCGUAAACAAAGAAAAAUUGGCCAAGGGGAUGUAUUUAAAAAAAAAAAAAAGUAUUUCUAAAAUUGCCACGUCAAGCAAUAGAAAUAUAUAUUUAUAACCCCUGCCUGCACAAACUGCCAGCCGCAAGAAAUGAACCAGCAGAGAAGCAGCAAAGUCUCCACAACCCCACUGAUGCCCACGAACAACACAGCCAGGAGUAAAUUUAUCCUUUUCUGGCUAUUGGCUUGAGAAUUGCUAACAACAUUUCCAUUGUGUGGCUGGUUUGCUUGGCUAGCUACUUGGAAAAGAAAGCCCAAGGGGAUGUAGAACUUAGGGUGACAAUAUUUCACUUGCUGUUUUCCUCUCCUUUGAAUUUCAGUAGCUUGAAAGAAUUAACUUAAGUCAAAAUCCAGCCAGUUUUGUGGCCUCCAAACAAUGUGGAAUAAAAUUUCCUGUUUUGUGGAGCUCAGAACAUUUGGCCGCUAGCCUCGUUUUUAUCACCUUUUCUUUUGUCGUUGUGCAGGCACGACGACAAAGUAGAUUCUAAACGUUUGUGUGCAUACACAAAGCUUCCGCUAACUGAGGGAAGCUUGUCCCCAAAGGUGCUUUUUCAGAACUUUAUUUUUCCUUGAAGACGUUUCGCUUCUCAUCCAAGAAGCUUCUUGGAAUCAAGAAAAGGGGAGGGGGGGGGAUCAUAAAAAAAAAAAGAUCUUGUUUUAGUGGAUUGUUGAAAAGCAUGAGGACUAGUCGCACCACUAGUUGUGUGUGUCUUCUUAUUUGUUCCGAUGCAGCUGCAUAUCACAGUGUCAAUAAUACUGUAGGUUAUGAGAUUAUUUCGCAUUCGGUUUCUGAAAGGUCAUGACUAAAUUUCUUCAGCUGCUAAUAAUUGUAGGCAAAAGAACUCUCUGCAAUUCUGCGCGUGUCAUUCCUUUUCUUCUUUUUUUUUUUGGAAGGUUUUGUUUUGUUUUUUUGCUGUGAAAGGAAGGUUAUUUAUUAUUCUGUAGGAAGCUUGCAGUGAGAGACUACGCAGAACUAUAAGGUGUGUGUGGCUUUCAGGUAUUGUCUCUUGGUUGUGGUGGAUCAAAGGCAGGGAAAAGAAGGAGAUGCAGAGGACUGGGCCGCGGCAGGCUUUCCCAGCGCCUCCAGCACCAAAAAAUUGGAGAUGUGAACCAGUGCUUGAAGUGGCCACCCCGAUUCCGCAGAAUUUAUUUUGAAUUGGGGAUGAACCGAGAGGCCACUGCGGCUCAGAACAACAGUAUUUUAUUCUGUAGGCUUUGCGUUUCUUUCUUGGGGAAUGCAAUCUUUUCCACCAUUAAGUAGUUCCUAACUGUGGGCAUAAGCAGUUGCACAUUUAACGUUUAUCUGUGUUUGUAGUACAACUUUGAACUGUAUUCCUGGAAGCAUCCGGAACAUUGGACUAAAGUUAGCAAGUUAAAAUCUAAUUAAUUCUAGCUAGUAGCGUGGUAGCUAUUGAGACAUGGCUUUCUUUGGGGGAGGAAAUUCAUGUCUCCCCCCCUCCCCCAAAUUUCUUACGGGGUAUCUGAAAGCACGAAAAAAGAAGUUUUAUCCAAAUCAUGUAAAUUCAGCUCCCAGAGCAGCUUCUCCUAUUGACAGGCAGCUAAAAACAACGUACACACUUCAUAUUUGGGGGUGAACUGAAGGGGGAACAGUCUAUUUUUAGUUUUAUUUUUGGUGUUUGAACUGUGUAACAUCCUGUUUACAGGGGUUUUGUUUUUUAAUCCAUGAGGACUAGCAGAAUGACUUUACCGAUAUAUGCAAAUCCUACCAUUGAGCUACAGGUUUUUCUGGGGGAGGGGGGAGGACUUGGGCAGGAGGAGUAAAAAGUUCUGAACUCUGGAGCAUUGAGGCUUAAUUUAUUGUGGCUUUUUCUCUCUUGGCAAAAAAAAAAAAAAAAAAAAAAAAAGCCCUGAAGAUGGCUUUGUAAGCGUGUGCGUGUGUGUAUGUAUGUGUGUGUGUAUGUGUGUGUGUGUGUGUUCUUCCUUUUGCAAACUUAAGAACAUGACGAUGUGAAGAAAAAAAAAAGCAAAAUUCUGUGCACAUUCUUUUCAACCUCUCUUUUUUGUUUGUUUGUUUCCCUUUUUUUCUGUGAAGGCUUUUUUUUUUUUUUGUCUUUGUAACUUUGCAUUAUUUGUAAAUGAAAUGUAAUAAAGUUAAGCUGUUUUUCUCUCCGGCUGUUCAGCUCUGCUUUUCUGAAGAAUGUUUAAUCAAAGUGUUUUAUAUCAAAAAUUGAGAAGUUUUGUCGUUUCGAAGUGCAUCUCCUGUGCUGAAUGCCUGGCUAGCUUUUUUUUUUUUCCCCUCCCCUUUUCCAAACCUCUUCCGAAAGGAGUGGCAGAUAAUAAAUACAACUUAACCUUU